GAUUGGAGCAGAACUUAAGCUUGUCUUUUUCUCAAACAAACUGAGUUUGAGUUUGAGCUCAACAAUACUCUGCUCCAACUCACUGGUUUUCUGACAUCCUUCCAACAUCCUUAUUAUUGAUUUAUGUUAUAUAAAUCAUGUCUUGACGUGAAGAAGCAAAGUACACAGGAACCCAAUUACCCAAAAAACAUAUGCUAAUGAAAUGGACCAUUUUACUCCAACUAUGCACCCCCUUCUCCCCCUACUCUUGCUAUUCAUAACCGUCAUCGGCGUCUGUUAUUAUCUAUGGAAAACCAGGUCGGAGAUGAACCUACCGUCGCCGAAGGGGCGGCUACCCAUAAUUGGCCACCUCCACCUCCUUACGGACAUGCCCCAUCACACAUUUUCCGAGUUCUCCAACAAGCUUGGCCCUUUAUUUUAUCUCCAACUCGGCCAAAUCUCCACCGUUGUCAUCAACUCAGCUCACUUCGCUAGACUCGUUCUCAAAACUCACGAUCACGCCUUCGCCAACCGUCCUCAACUCAUCUCCGCUCAGUACCUCUCCUUCGGCUGUUCCGAUGUCACUUUCUCCCCUUACGGAGCAUACUGGCGACAAGCGAGAAAGAUCUGCGUCACUGAGUUACUUAGCGCGAAAAGGGUCAGCUCGUUUCAACGGGUUCGAGACGAGGAGGUGAAUCGGUUGUUAGCUGCCGUGUUGGCUCAGUCCGGGAAGGAAGUUGACAUGAGCAAGCUUUUGUUUAAUUUAGCUAAUGAUAUAUUGUGUAGAGUAGCGUUUGGGAGGAGGUUUAUCGAGGAAGGGAAAGAAGGGAAAAUGGUGAAUGUUUUGACAGAAACACAAGCCUUGUUUGCAGGGUUUUGUAUAGGCGAUUUCUUUCCCGACUGGGAGUGGGUUAACUCAGUCAGUGGGUAUAAAAAGAGGUUGAUGAAGAACUUGGAGGAUCUAAGAGCAGUAUGCGAUGAUAUAAUAGAGGAACACUUGAAGAAGAAGAUGGAAAGCGAUGAUGAAAAGGAAGAUUUUGUGGAUGUUUUGCUUAGGGUUCAAAAAAGAGAGGAUUUGGAGGUGCCCAUUUCUGAUGAUAAUCUCAAGGCUUUAGUGCUUGACAUGUUUGUUGCUGGAACUGAUACAUCAUCGUCAACACUAGAAUGGACAUUGACAGAGCUAGCAAGGCAUCCAAGAUUUUUAAAGAAAGCACAAGAAGAGGUGAGAAAGAUUGCAUCAGGAAAAGGAAUGGUUGAUGAAAAUGAUCUCCAACACCUGCAUUACAUGAAAGCUCUUAUAAAGGAAUCAAUGCGAUUGCACCCACCAGUUCCUCUUCUUGUUCCUCGAGAAUCUAUGGAGAAAUGCAUUCUUGAUGGAUAUGAAAUACCUGCCAAAACUCGCAUUUUGAUCAAUUCCUACGCUAUUGGAAGGGAUCCGAAAUUGUGGGAGAAUCCUCUUGCGUACAAUCCCGAGAGGUUUGUAGAAAACGAUAUUGAUAUCAAGGAUCAGGAUUUCAGGUUUCUACCAUUUGGAGGAGGAAGGCGAGGUUGCCCUGGUUAUACCUUCGGAUUAGCAACAAUCGAGAUUGCACUUGCUCGACUUCUAUACCAUUUUGACUGGGCAUUGCCUGAUGGAGUGGGAGCUGACAAUGUAGACCUUAGCGAGGUUUUCGGGCUCGCCACCAGGAAGAAAUCUGCACUUUUUCUUGUGCCAUCAAUCAGUAAGGAGUAUCAGUUAAGGGGAGAUGAAAUUCAGUCAAGAGACUAAAUUAUGUUAACUUUGUUGUAAUUUACAAAUCCAAUAAUAAUGCUUCAAUAGUUGAAGGAAAAGGAUAACAAAAUUUCUUGAUUCAAAUAAAUUCAACUAACAUUACAUAUUUCAAA